AUGGGUAUUUCUCCUAUAGGAAUAGUGCACGUGAACGGUGCUAAACCCUUAUCCGUGAAGGAGGAUGCCAGGUUGUUCCAGGAAACACCUCUCGCUGAAUAUAGCCCGUCGGCGGCCUCUAGACUACUCCCGCAUAUUAGAUCGACACACUACUUUCAAAAGAGUAUUCCAUCAACAUUUGACACCUUAAAAAACCUCAACGGAAACAAACCUAAGGAAUGGAGUCUCUCCCUCGUGAAAAUGACUGCGACCCCGGGAUUGGCUACAAAACGUCCGAUCGAACCUAAUGCCCAUAACAUCCUCGUUUUGGAAAUUUUGGCCUUGUUACCAUCAGCCGUUGCCACCCCCCAUCAUUUGGACCUUGAAUAG